CCUUCAGUUUCAGUAGUUCAGCUUCUGCCUCCCCCUGGCUUUUGGGCUCCUGACUGGCGGGAGCUACCAGGCAGAGCCAUGGCUUCCGGGCCCCAGCCUGUGGAAUCUGUGACGUUCAAGGAUGUGGCUGUGCCCUUUACCCCAGAGGAGUGGCGGCUUCUAGACUCUUCUCAGCAGGACUUGUACAGGGACGUGAUGUUGGAGAACUACAGGAACCUGGUCUGCCUGGGCCUGGUGAUUCCCACGCCAGCGGUGAUCUGCCAGUUGGAGCGAGGGGAAGCCCCUUGGAUGCCAGAGGGAGAUGCCUCCUGGAGCUGCUGUGCCGAUUGGGAAGUGAUAGCUGAAGCCAAGGAGCCCACUGCAAAGCUUGAUGUUACUUUGAAAGGAAUCGAUGAGGGAAGAUUGCCAAGGCAUCAUCAAGCCUAUGUUACCAACCAGGGAGAAGCUUUAGAAUGUGAUGCCCCAUUGGAGAGAAGGCAGAACAACAUGGAUGAAUCUUCUAGAUUUCAUACUGGAUUGAAACCUCAUAAAUGUAAUGAAUGUGGGAAGACCUUCUGCUGGCUCAAUGAUCUUAAUGUACAUCAGAAGAGUCAUAGUCAAGAGAAACCCUAUAUAUGUAAUGAAUGUGGGAAAGCCUUCCGGUUUAGUGGGCACCUUAUUCUACAUAAGAGAGUUCAUAGUCAAGAGAAACCUCAUAAAUGUAACAAAUGUGGGAAGACCUUCUGCUGGCUCAAUGAUCUUAAUGUACAUCAGAAGAGUCAUAGUGGAGAAAAACCCUAUAUAUGCAAGAAAUGUGGGAAGUCCUUCCUCCAGAGGUCGAACCUUAGUCAACAUCAAAAAGUUCAUAGUAGAGAGAAACCUUACAUAUGUAAUGAAUGUGGGAUGACUUUCCAACUUAAUUUGCACCUUACUCUACAUCAGAGCAUUCAUACUGGAGAGAAACCUCAUAAAUGUAAUGAAUGUGGACUAGUUUUCUCUCAGAGUUCACAACUUAAUCGACAUCAAAGCAUUCAUACUGGAGAGAAAGCUUAUAAAUGUAAUGAAUGUGGAAAGACUUUUAGCCGGAGCACAGGACUUACUAACCAUAAAAGAAUUCAUACUGGAGAGAAAUUUUAUAAAUGUAAUGAAUGUGAUAAGGCUUUUCUUAGGAAUACACAGCUUACACAACAUCAGAGAAUUCAUACUGGAGAGAAACCUUAUAAGUGUAAAGAAUGUGGGAAAGCCUUUUAUCAGAGCUCACAACUUAAUCAGCAUAAAAAAAUUCAUAGUAGAAAGAAGCCUUAUGAAUGUAAUGAAUGUGGGAAGGCUUUCUUAGAAAGGAAUAAACUUCGUCUGCAUCAGAAAGGUCAUACUGGAGAAAAACCUCAUAAAUGUAAUGAAUGUGGGAAAGCCUUCCUAGUGAAGAAAGUCCUUAUUGAACAUCAGAGAAUUCAUACUGGAGAGAAACCUUAUAAAUGUAACGAAUGUGAGAAAACCUUUCGUCAGAGCUCACUGUUUAGGCGACAUCAGAGAAUUCAUAUCGUAGGGAGAGCUUAUGAAUGUAAUGAAUGUGGCAAGGCUUUUUUUGAGAGGAACGCACUUAAUCAGCAUCAGAGAGUUCAUGUUGUAGAAAAACCUUAUAAAUGUAAUGAAUGUGGGAAGGCCUUCCUAGAGAAGAAAGGCCUUACUGAACAUCAGAGAAUUCAUACUGGAGAGAAACCUUAUAAAUGUAACGAAUGUGAGAAAACCUUUUGUCAGAGCUCACAAUUUAGGCGACAUCAACGAAUUCAUACCAUAGGGAAAUCUUAUAAAUGUAACGAAUGUGGGAAGGCUUUCUUAGAGAGGAAAGAACUUAGUCGGCAUCAGAGAGUUCAUACUGGAGAGAAACCUUAUAUAUGUAAUCAAUGUGGGAAGGCCUUCAGUUCUAAGGCAUAUGUUAUUCUACACCAGACACUUCAUACUGGAGAGAAAUCUUAUGAAUGUACAAAAUGUGGAAAGGUCUUUGGUCUGAAGAUCUACCUUAUUCGGCAUCAGAAAAUUCAUAUUGGAUUGGACUGAGGCCUUAUCAGUGUAGUGAAUGUGGAAAGACUUCUAGACAGGAAACUACUUAUUUGCCAUCAAAGGAUUCACACAGGAGGAAUUACCACCUUAUUGUAGCAAAUGUAGGAAGACCUUCCUAGAGUGGAAAUAACUUGCUUAAUAUCAGUAUAUUCCUAAUUGUCCUAAUGAUGAAGAAGUUCAUAGGGUGUUACAAUGAAUCAUCUUCCUGUAUGAGAAUAUAAACAGUUUAUCCUUAAGUCCUAUAUGAUUUCUGACUUUUAUUUACCUUGAGAAUGCUUCUCUUGACAAUGUUUGAAUGUCAAAGUUUCUAUUUACCUCCAGUCUUUUCAUCAGGAAUGCUUUAAAGCUUUGUCUUUCAUUAAAUGUUCAUUUUCUCCCCUGUAGGAUUAUACUGUUUUGAUGGGUAUUUUAUUAUUAGUUGUAACUUAGCUCUUUUGCCUUAUGGAAUAACAUAUUCCAAGCCUUCUAAUCCUUUAGUGUGGUAGCUGCUAAAUCUUGUGUUUUCUGACUGUGGCUCCAAGGUAUUUGAAUGGUUUCUGGCUGCUCUCAAAAAUAUUUUCUCCUUACCUGGAAGCUCUGGAUUUUGACUAUAAUAUUCCUGGGAGUUUUCAUUUUGGAAUCUCUUUCUGGGAGUGGUCACUGGAUUCUUUUAAUUUCUAUUUUGCUCUCUAAUUCUAAGAUAUUGGGGAAGUUUUCCCUCUGUAAUUUCUUGGAAUAUGAUGUCUAGGCCCUUUAAAAAAAUAUGGCUUUUAAGUAGUCCAAUAAUUUAAAAAUUAUCUUUAAUCUAUUUUCCAGGUCAUUUCUUUUUGC